UGGGCGCGGGCGGCGGGGGAUGCGCUCGGCGGGGCCGCCCGGGCACCUGGGAGCAGAGGCGGCGGGUCCCCGCGAGGAACGAGCGGCCUGGCGGCCCCGGGUCCGCUCCGCGCCUACAACAUGCAGCCAUCUGGCGGCUGGCGCGCCCCGGACUUGCCCCGAAGGUUAAAAUUGGACAAGGAUCCAACACCUUUUUGACGGGUGUUUGUGAGCACCACUGAUCCACAAUUCUGACAGUAUUUCAUGACAAUGGAUGGCGACAGUUCUACAACAGAUGCUUCUCAACUAGGGAUUUCUGCAGACUACAUUGGAGGAAGCCACUAUGUUAUCCAGCCCCACGAUGAUACUGAGGACAGCAUGAAUGAUCAUGAAGAUACAAAUGGUUCAAAAGAAAGUUUCAGAGAACAAGAUAUUUAUCUUCCAAUUGCAAAUGUGGCUAGGAUAAUGAAAAAUGCCAUACCUCAAACAGGAAAGAUUGCAAAAGAUGCCAAAGAAUGUGUUCAGGAGUGUGUGAGCGAGUUCAUAAGCUUCAUAACGUCUGAGGCAAGUGAACGGUGUCACCAGGAGAAGCGGAAGACCAUCAACGGGGAGGACAUUCUGUUCGCCAUGUCCACACUGGGCUUCGACAGCUACGUGGAGCCGCUGAAGCUCUACCUUCAGAAGUUCAGAGAGGCCAUGAAAGGAGAGAAGGGCAUUGGUGGAGCGGUCUCAGCCACAGACGGGCUAAGCGAGGAGCUCACGGAAGAGGCAUUCACUAACCAGUUACCAGCUGGCUUAAUAACUGCAGAUGGUCAACAACAAAAUGUUAUGGUUUACACAACGUCCUAUCAACAGAUUUCCGGUGUCCAGCAGAUUCAGUUCUCGUGAUCUGAAGACAUGGUGCACCUAAGCUUGUGGAGGGUGAGAGUCUGAGCAAGUCUGGAGCAGGCGUGGAGGAAGUGAGGGGAGCUGCCUCUUUGUACAAUAAGUAGCUGUCAUGUAGCUUCCUGAUGCUUGACUAAUUGAGGUGUUAAUUCUGACUUGAGGAUCUUUUUCAUGAAUGAUUUUAAAGAAAAGAAUUGGAUUUUAAAGGUAUUAAAAUAUUUUUGUUUUGUACGAGAGUUUGUUGCUCUGUAUGACGCCUGUAUGCAUUGUAUAUUGCAAUUUAUUACUGUCAGAGAUUUGUAGACAGUUUCUUAUUUUCAUAUUGAAUCAUGUUAUUUUGUAAUUCAAGUAAGCAGCUGGGUUAAUUCAUAAUGUUUGCCCUUUUAAUAAAAUAGAAGGGUAGAGUUCAUUUUGAAUGAGAGUUGCCUUUAUUAUAACUUUGAGUUUGUCUUGGCUAUAUACUGUCUUGCAUGGUAACUUAGCUAGAUAUUUAGCACUUACUUUAUUUAUUGAAAUUAAUUUUUUUGGUAAAACCUUCAUAGCUUAAGCAACCGUCAUUUUUUUAAAAAUGUAAUUGAAUAAUUAAGUUGGAUGCAGAACCAAGUAUUGUCUGGCCUAUUAAACUUGGUGUCCAUCACUGUCCUUGCCUGUUCAGGUAGCUUUAGUUACUAUCAUGCGUGUUAGAACUGACUUCCAUUUGAUGUAGUCCUAGCAUCCCUGAGAUGGUCCCUUUCUUCAAGUGUUACAGUGUCCUUUUUAAGAGGAGGGGUAUUUUUUUAAGUCCACUGGUAGGCAUAUUAUCUUCACUGAAAGACCAGAUUUCCUGUUAGGCUAUGGGAACAGCAGACAUGCAGGAAGGAGUGAACAGAUGGGA